AUGGUUCUGAAGUGGGUGCAAAUAGGGAUUGAUAUCUGGACCGUAAUCGUGGGUCUAUUGAUCACAUUCUCGACCGCAUUGAUAGUGGUGUUCGAGAGGAAUAGCAUGACUCCAGGUGUGGCCGGUUUUAUACUCGUCUAUUCGGUUGAUGUCAUUAACAGUAUUUCAUGGGCUCUGCGGAUGGCAUCAGAUCUCGAGACUAAUAUGGUAUCCGUGGAAAGGGUUAGGGAGUACUCGGAGUUGGAGACAGAGAGGAGUUGGCAUUCAGUCGAUGAAUACAAACCAUCCGCCGAUUGGCCGACCAAUGGUUCCGUUGAUUUUAUCAAUUAUAGCGCUUCUUAUAGACCAGGACUCGAACCUGUGGUCAAAGGUUUGAAUUUAAGGAUAGAGUCGGGAGAGAAGGUGGGAAUAGUUGGCCGAACCGGUGCCGGAAAGUCGUCAAUGACUUUGGCUUUGUUUCGUAUAAUUGAGCCAACAUUUGGUCAGAUAAUCAUUGAUGGCGUGGAUGUGACUCGUAUUGGUUUACAUGACUUGCGAUCGAAGUUAACAAUUAUACCACAAGAACCCAAUCUAUUCGCCGGAACCCUAAGACUCAAUUUGGAUCCGUUUGAAGAAUAUUCUGACCAACAGUUGUGGACAGCACUGGAAAGGGCGCACUUGAAGGACUUCAUAUGCGGCACAUCUGAAGGGCUGUCGCAUGAGAUCAGUGAAAGCGGUGACAAUUUGAGUGCAGGUCAGAGACAAUUGGUGUGUUUGGCGAGAGCUCUGUUGAGGGACACGAAGAUCCUGGUGCUCGACGAGGCGACCGCUGCCUGCGAUCUGCAAACCGAUUCAUUAAUUCAGACAACAAUUGCUGAACAGUUCAGUGACUGCACUGUUCUGACAAUCGCUCACCGAUUGAAUACAGUCUUGGAUUACAAUAAGAUUAUUGUUUUAGACAACGGAAUGAUUGUCGAAAUGGAUUCGCCGAAAAAAUUACUCAAAAAACUGAUUCUCUUUUCUAUAGUUUAG